CAGAACCUUAGCGACUGCAGACCCACUGGUGCUCUGUCCGCAGGUUUGGUUCAGUUGGAGUGUCGGGAUCGGUACCUGUGGAUCCGCGUGGCUUCGGCACAGAUGCCUCACUUCGAAGCUGUCGGUCAGUUCUUCAUCAGUGAACACGAUGAUUUUAAAGUUUCCAGGUCUCACGGUCUGUCAUAUCAUCUAGACGACGAUGGUGUCCACUCCAUUGGUGAGCAGCUUGCUUCGCGUUGUGGUUACACCAUCAGCGCCUACCAGCAGGAUGGCUUCACUGUCCUCAGGGCAUCUUAUUACUCCUGCUUCACCCACAACCAGAAUGAUGAGCUGUUCACCUUCAAGUUCAACGUGCUAAUAAACAACGGUGGAGGCUUGAGCAGCCGGUUUGUUUCCACGGUCUGUUCUGGUAUCAGUUGGACCCACAGAGAGCUCACCUGCGAGGAAGACUACAUGGAGGUGAGGACACUUGUAACCACUUCUGGUGCUGCCUGUGAGACUGCUGCCUAAACUGUUGUGGUCGUCUCCCAGGUGAAUGUUAACAGACAGUCUUCGUGUGAAGCUCAUGGAGUGGAGCGUAGAGAUGUUUGGCAGGAAGCUCUCUUUAAGGCUCAGAAGACAGCCAAUUUGUCCUGGCAGCUAAUAUUCCUGCAAAGGAACGGGCAGACUACCUCAAUGUCCAUCCCGGAGGCCCAACAGUGGGGUUACAGCGUGAUGGCCACGUCUCAGAGGGUGAUCCUUCGAUCUCCGCUCAAACAGCCGCAUGCUGAGGUCACCAUGGUUGACGAUGUUCCAGUGGAGACCAUCCAGGUGUCUCUGUUCUUCAGACAGAAGCUCAUGCUGGUGAUGAUUGAUAUGUCCAUGGCCUGCGCACUCAAUACUGGAUCAUUCGAUGGCACUCGGUUGCUCUGGAAUGUCCCUCGGUUUCUACCUGCUCUGGUUGGGGAGGGAGCAGGAUUAAAAAGUCAGAGUUUCAGUUUGGGUCUGGAUGGUUCCCUGCUGGAUGAGGCCACUGCUGCCUCCAAAGGCCUCAGUCUGGUUCAUCAAGAGGGAAUGAUAGAGAUUGGAGUUCCUUUUGGGUCAGAAGGAGGGUUCAGGAAGAGUUUGGUGUUGGAAAAUCUGUACCAGGAGUUCUACACGGUCCUCCUGAUGUAUGAACAUGUCUUCUCUCUGAUCUUUGACGACGGCCACAGCAUUGACACCAAACACAGAACCUUCAAAGUGCUUGAGACGCCGCUGGUCUGUAGGCAACCUUUCUGCCUCAACCAGACAAUUGGUGAUCAGGAGUUCACAGUCUAUCUGGGGAACAUUCCAGCAGAUGUCCUCUUGGAGGAAAUCUGGAUUAAUGGACAGCGGUUGCUGAUCUUGGGGAAGCCACAGCGAGGCCUCAGCAUCAGUCCGGUUGUCCAUGCCAACGGCAGCCAGGCCUACCAGCUGCGUCUACCCUUCGAUGAUCCUGUCGUGCAGUGGACGAAUAUGGGUGGAGGUGUAGUGGAGUACUCUAUAGACCUAAACGUCACUUUAACCAUUGUGCCUCAGAGGGAGUCCUACUACUACCAGAACGUCAUUACAGCACGAGUUUUUAAUGAAUUCCCACCAGAGAUAACUGCUCAGUGUUACGAUGGAGGAAUCUCCUUCAGCAUAGCCAGACAGUCUCGGAGUCUCUGGGAGGUCGGCGUCGGCCAUGAGCCCCUGACGGAGCAGCUGGUGGCCCAGAGAGGUUACCGCCUCCAUAAUGACAGCAUCAGAACUAUCCUGGACAUCCCAGUUUUUUCCAUCGGCUACACUUAUGAGGACAUCAACUUGUCAAACUUUUAUGCAACAUUUAAGUUGCUUUUAAGAGACUCCAAAACUCUGGAGGUCCAGGCAUCCACAUCAAAGCGCUGCCUUUACAGAACGCAGAACAUGAUAGUUUGCUCUGCAGACGGCACCAUGACUGUGGUGGCAACGCCGACCUCCACGUGGCCAAUGGUGAAACCUGAAAGAACCAGUCUUCUGGACCCUACCUGCAAACCAAAACAAGCUGAUGGAUCCAAAGUCCUGUUUGAGUUCAAGGUGAACUCCUGUGGAACCAGAGCGACGGUUGGAGAGUGGUACAUGGUUUACGAGAACGAGAUAGUCCAUGAUCGACUCCUGAUUGCAGAUGGGCCGAACUUCAUCUCCAGAGAACCUCAGUUCAAGGUGACGGUGAGAUGCUUCUAUCCUAUGAGUGCAGUCAACAGAAUUUCUGUAGACCAGACCUUUUCCUCAGCAACUCCUGGAUUCGGAUCAAUGAGAGUCUUUGAGAGCAAAAGAGCAGAUUCAAAUAAAAAAUGUCAGCAGUCAGAGAGCAUCAAUGCCCCAUCGAGUACGCUCCGCUUACAGCCAUCUGCAGUGGGAACUCUGCCUCGACCAGGAAACAGCCAAUUCAUCCCAGUAUCAGGAGGACAAAAACAGCUGCUCUCCUCCUUAAAUAAGGACCAUUCUUCAGAGACACCAAUCCUGCAAGUCCCUCAGUUUUAUCCUUUAACCGAUGUGGAAGACCCAAGCGCACCACCAGAGAGCUCUGAAGGACAGGCCAGGGAAACGCCAGGACCAGGCGGAGAAUACUCCCCUUCAGGCCCAUUUGACAGGAUUUCCCACCGUCCAAUCAGUGAAAACCAGGGAAGCUCAAGUUCCCUUUUCGGGUCUCGAGUCUGGGACAAAAUGGACCAGGGUCAGUCCAUUAUUGAUGAAAGUGAGAUUCUUCAUCAGAGUCUUCCAUCUGAUCUAUUAUUUGGCAUGGCAGACUCAAAAAAGCCCAAUUUUAACCUCUAUUGGUCCCCCGGCGCUGGAAUGGAGGUCGAUGAGGUCAACAACCCAGUUUACCAACAUCAGUAUCACAACAGGCCAACUCAAACCACUCACUACCCAACGUUGGUCCAACCACAGGAACACAUUGGGAAUUAUUUCUUUCAGACUGGCAAAGAGAAAACAUUGGAUCCUGCUGCUGGUAGGACUGAGGUCCCUGAGCAGAGUGACCUGCUGCAGGAGUUCUUCUACGGCAAACAGACCAGUGCACCCAUCCAAGAAGUCCCAAAUGUACAAAGAGUUGGACAAGUGGAAACAAAUCUCCAGUCCAGAGGGCAGAGCAUCAGAGUUAAACCUCCCAGCAAGUUUGUCUCUUCUGGGCUUCGUCUCAAUCAAAAACCCAUCAUCCAACAGAUUAACUCCAAAAACCUUAAUCUGGCCCAGUAUGGAGUGACACUUUUGAGUGGCGAGGCAAACACGUGA